GGACUGGGGUAUGACGUCACGUGAUCCAUCACGCGGUUCUCCAUCGCCGCAACAGAAAACUAGUUUCAAGCAGCACAAGGUGAGUUGAAAAUGCAAAGAUGAGAAGGAGUGUGUAGCUUUCGGACGUCGGUACGAAGGGAAUCAAAGAGAUAUUUCAAUUGGUUCGUGGCGCAGACGGACUCAAGUAUCGGAACUCAAAUCGCAGCAUCGAGUGCCCGAAGCUCACUAUACGGUUACAGGUUUUUUUUUUCAUCGAUGAACCCGGUGACUCUGAUUUCCAUCUAUGUGGUGGUUCUAGUCUCAGACAAACUACGGCUGCAGUCGAGAUGAUUGUGGGACGAACACAAUAAGGCGAGUGACAUGCUUCAAGCCUCAGACGUGUCGAUGCCAAGUCCCACAUGCUUUAAUGUGACAGAAAUUCCUGAAUUCAAAAUUCAAUUUCAUCCGAGAAGUGGUCGACCACCACUUUAUCAGCCUUAUGAAGAAUUCCGCGCUCGCAACGAGAGGUCUGCAUCCCCGGUUGAUGAAACACCCUGGCCCCCAUUUUGCGCAUUGGGUGCUUCUAGAUUGCAGAAAUUGCACUUGCUGCACUGCUCGAUCAGCAACGUCAAAUCUCUGCUGGAUUUCAUUGCUCGUGUCACACAAGGAGCCGUCCAUGGAGUCACGCUCAAGAAUGAUGAGGAGCUUCGCAAACGUGUAAUGCAGCUGCGAUGGAACUCAGUCCGUUCUCCACGGUCGAAGACAGGGCACCGUACAAACAGGAGGGACGUAUGUUCGAAACACAACGCUGUCGGCUAUGAACGUUUUUAUGGCGAGCCCUGGACUGGAGAUUAUUGGUAGGAUGUCCAAGUAUGUGCCAAUCUCUGUCGAGAUAUCAUUACCCGUACAUAGCAUGUUGUAUUUGUGCUAGUCGAGUCUACCGGAUAUCAAGAACGGUUUGGCCUGAUCCUUUAUGCCGACGAAUCCAACC